AUAUGCUGUCAUUUUCAUUGGUUAUGAAGAAGUUGAAUACUCGAAAUGAGGUAUAACGAGAAAGAAAUAAUAGGUUUAGCCAAUGGUAAUGCAGAUAAGGAAGGAAGACUUCAUCAUAGAUGUCCAGGAUUCAGAGAAACAUACAAGGAAAGGUGGUUUAAAUUAAGGGGCAAUCUAUUAUUUUACUUUCGAUUGAAUGAGUACGGAGCAGUUUAUGAAAAAGAGCCUGUUGGUGUUUUGGUUGUAGAAAACUGUAGAGUUCAACAUGAACCUUAUUCAGAUCUUCCUUUUGCAUUUUCUAUCACGUUUGCAGAUGAAUUAGAUAAACGUCAUUAUUUUAGUUGCAUCACACAGAAGCACUGUGAUAAUUGGAUUAAUUUAAUAAGAGAAGCAAGUUAUGAAUAUCAAAGAGAAAAAUUACUUAGAAUACAAACAAAAAUACUAGAAUUAACAGGAACAGUAAGUUUUACUUUUUGUUUAUUUUUUGAUUAAAAAAAUUGAACAAGU